AUGGCAGUCACCACCUUCACUGAGGAACACACUUCCCCACUCCCCCCCAAAAGAAUAUUCAAGGCCUCCAUUGUAGAUUCUCAUAACUUGAUCCCUAAGUUGAUGCCACAAGCUAUUAGCAGCAUUGAAGUUCAAGGCGAUGGAGGUGCUGGAAGUAUUAAGACCAUCAAUUUUCCUGAAGGUGGCAAGUUUAAGUCCAUAAAGUAUCAUGUUGAUGAGCUUAACGAGGAGACAUACACGUAUAAAUACACAUUGGUUGGAGGUGAUGGAUUGGUGGACAACCUUGAGAAAAUAAGUUAUGAUGUGAAGUUUGAGCAGUCAGAAGAUGGUGGUUCCAUAUCUAAUGUGACUAGCACAUACUAUACUGUGGGAGAUUUCAAGCUCAAUGAAGAGGAAAUCAAGGCAGGAAAGGAGAAGGUCUCGGCUAUGUUCAAAGUUAUAGAAGCUUAUCUCCUUCAAAAUCCUGAAGCCUAUGCUUAG